CACACUUGCAAUGUAGUAUUUUUAGACUGGCCACAAUGUCACAAUGGGAAGGGCAAUACGAAUAAUAAGCCAACUUAUUCCACAUCGUUAUGGACUUUUAACACGUUCUCGCUGUUAUGUAACCGUUCUUAUUUCUACAAGUGACAGAAAAUACUCAUCAUCAGUGCUCAGUCUAGACAAACGAGUAGACGCUGCUAAAAGACCAUCUGAGACAGGGCUAGGCAAUGUUACUGAUGGGCCACUGAAAGUGUAUGCCAGAAAAAUAACUGUUGGAGAACUCAACAAAGAUGACCAUCAGCAGAAAGUUGUAGAACGCCUCCAACUUCUACACGAGACACUGAAGACGUAUCAGCCCAUUGUUAAAGAGACAGGGACAUCAUGGUUCAAAAAGAAAAAAGAAUCAGUGGCACAGCACAUAAGGGGUCUUUACCUUCAUGGAAAUGUUGGCACAGGGAAAACAAUGCUGAUGGACAUGUUCCAUGAGACCAGUACAGUAGUAAAAAAGCAGCGAGUCCAUUUUCACAAAUUCAUGCUAGAUGUCCAUAAAAGAAUUCAUCAUUUAAAACAAAAUCAGCCAAAAAUAAAAACAACCAUUGAUACACAGCCCUUUGAUGCAAUAGGCCCAAUAGCAUUUGAGAUUAGCCAGGAAGCUUGGCUGUUGUGCUUUGAUGAAUUUCAGGUAACUGAUGUAGCAGAUGCUAUGAUUUUAAAGAGACUUUUUACAGAAAUGUUUAAAAAUGGUGUUGUGGUUGUGGCCACAUCAAACAGACCACCUGAUGAUUUAUACAAGAAUGGUUUACAAAGAGGAACAUUUUUACCUUUUAUUGAUAUUUUAAAGACAUACUGUGAAGUGAUUCCACUAGAUUCUGGUAUUGAUUACAGAAUGUUGUCCAUGCCUGCGGAUGGUAAAAUUUACUUUGUAGGGCCAAAUGAAGAAACAAACAAACACAUUGAUCAGGUCAUUGAGGAACUUCUGCAAAAUCAACAGACAGAAGCAGUCUCCAGAACACUGACGAUUUUAGGACGCAAUCUAAUCUUGCCCAGGACUUAUGGGAGAAUUCUAGAUACCACGUUUGAAAGUCUGUGCAAGCAGAACCUUGGUGCCAUAGACUACCUGGAGAUCUGCAAGGAAUUUGAUGUGGUUGUCCUGCGGGAUGUCCCUAAUAUGAAUCUCAGCUCUCGUACGGAGGCUCGGAGGUUUACCACCCUCAUAGAUACCUUGUAUGACAAUAAGGUAAAGCUAGUGGUGGGAGCAGCUUCUGCCCCCAAAAAUCUGUUUUCUGCUGGUGGCAUCAGUGCUCUGGAUGAAGAAGCAAACAGAAGUUUGAUGGAUGAUCUGGGCAUUAAUGCUAAAUCAGAGCUGGCCAGAUCGAGCAUCUUUACAGGCGAGGAAGAGUUAUUUGCCUUUGAGAGAGUUAUCUCCCGGCUAUCCGAGAUGAAGACAAAAGAAUAUUGGGAACUGGAAAGAUCCACAAAGAGCAGGGAAAAUUCUUGACGAUAGCUUGUUUUUUAGUCCUAGUUCAUUUUAAUAGUAAUUCCGGUGAAUAAAUAUUUUUAAAGGUUUGAUUUGGAAAUAUUGUAUUGUGAGGUAUUUUGUGUAUUUAGUAUAAUUUUACCACAAUUGUUGCCUGUGAUAAAGGCUACAUGAGUUAGAUAGUUUAGAUACAUGCAUUAUGUACGGAUGUUGAUAUUUAUUACAGACUAAAGAAAAUACUCUGUGAAACGAUUAAAAAAAACAUCAAGCAAGUCA